GUGGGCCUAAUGCCAAAAUAAAUUUUGAAACAUUUUCAAAUCCAAGACGAAGCACCAACUUUACGUAAUCAUAAUCAGAGUAUUUUUCAAAAUUUGUUGUGACUAUGAACUAGUGUAACGAAAACAAUGAUUAAGUAAUAUUAUUAAUUGUGACCGUGGUACUGAUAAAGUCCAGUAUUAAUUUAUAACAAUAUCGGACCUAUUAACUACAGUUGUAAUCAGAUAACCUUUCAGGAGGUUACAAAUAUACCAUUCGACAAUUUAAUAAUUAAUCGUAUUACGGCAUUCGAAGAAACAAGUGGGUUCGGUAUUUGUUUACAAAUUUGUGAGUUAAAUAUCGAUCGACUUUAGUAUUUCUAGACUGGCUGUGUUCAGGAUUUCCAGUUGUAUUUUAAAGUAAUUUUACUGUACUAUUUCGUUUUAUAAAAGGGACUGUAUAAUAUUUUUACAAUUUAUUGUUGUGCCCGACUAGUUUGUGCAACGAAUUGGAAAUUGUGACAAUUAUAAAGUACUGUCAUUGAUUCCACAAAAUGUCACAGAUGAGAUUAUUAAGUUGCGCCCGGCUGUUGUCCCGUGGCGCGGCACAAUCGGAAAUCGCGGAUUUCGUACCAUUAUUUUCGCGGAAGAGCCCCAGUAACACACGCACAAUGGCUUCGAAAUCGUUAACAAUAGAGAAUAUUAAUCCUAAUAUAUUAAAAUUGGAGUAUGCUGUACGCGGCCCACUGGUUAUACGCGCUGCGGAAAUUGAAAAGGAGCUGCAAAAGGGAGCACAAAAACCAUUCAAGACUGUAAUAAAAGCCAACAUUGGAGAUGCCCACGCCAUGGGACAGCAGCCCAUCACCUUCAUCAGACAGGUGAUCGCCUGUGUAACCCUACCGGAGUUGAUAGAGAAAGGCGGCUACCCAGAGGACGUGAGGCAGAGAGCUCGCGACAUCUUGAAUGGCUGCGGCGGGCAGUCAGUGGGCUCGUACACGGCGUCGCACGGCAUCGAGCUGAUCAGGCGGCACGUGGCCGAGUACAUCGAGCGGCGCGACGGCCACCCGGCCGACUGGCAGGACAUCGUGCUCUCCGCCGGCGCCUCCAACGCCAUCAAGAACGUGCUACAACUUUUCUGCAAUCAGAUCGAUGGCAAGAACUCCGGAGUCAUGAUUCCCAUCCCCCAGUACCCGUUGUACUCGGCCUCCCUGGCGGAGUACGGCUUGGAGCAGGUGGGCUACUACCUGGACGAGGACAACAACUGGGCCCUGGAUGUAUCAGAGCUUGAACGCUCGCUGGCUGAAGCUGAGAAGAAGUGCAAAGUGCGCGCGAUUGUCGUGAUCAACCCUGGCAACCCCACUGGACAGGUGCUGACGCGCGACAACAUCGAGUCCAUCAUAAAGUUUGCUAAGAAACACAACCUGUUCGUGUUCGCGGACGAGGUGUACCAGGACAACGUGUACGCCAAGGGCAGCAAGUUCUUCUCCUUCAAGAAGGUGCUGACAGAGAUGGGCAGCGAGUACAGCGGCGUGGAGCUGGCGUCGUUCAUGUCGGUGUCGAAGGGCUACAUGGGCGAAUGCGGGCUGCGUGGCGGCUGGAUGGAGCUGGUGCACCUGCAGCGCGACGUGCAGGCCAACCUCUACAAGGCCAUCUCCGCCAUGCUGUGCCCCACCACGCUCGGCCAGGCCGCCGUCGACUGCGUGGCGCGGCCGCCGCGGGAGGGCGAGCCGUCGUUCGCGCUGUGGAAGAAAGAAAGGGACGGCGUGCUCGCCUCGCUCAACAAGCGCGCGCAGAUGAUCGCUCACACCUUCAACCAGAUGGAGGGCUUCCACUGCAACAUCGUGCAGGGCGCUAUGUAUGCGUUCCCGCGGUUCGAGCUGCCGCCACGAGCUGUGGAGGAGGCCAAGAAACAGAACCAGGCGCCCGACGUGUUCUACGCGUUCAAACUGCUCGAACAAACGGGUAUCUGCAUAGUACCGGGCUCCGGGUUCGGGCAGCGGCCCGGCACCUACCACUUCCGCACCACCAUCCUGCCGCAGCCGGCGCUGCUGCAGCAGAUGCUCAACAUCUUUAAAGAUUUCCACGCCAAGUUCACCAGCGAGUACAAGUAGACGCACUUCGCGACACGCCGCAACAUAUCGCAACACGUUGCAACACGCCGCAACACGCUACAAGUUAUAUAUUGACAAAUUUCAUAAUUUUACUCUUUGAAAUACGACUGAAGUAUGGCUGAAGUGUAAACGACAAUGUGAUUUUUGAAGGUAACUCAUUACUACAGUAAGUGACUAGUAUUUUUUUAACAUUGUUUUGUUCCGUUGUAAUUUAUUUCAUAUGUGAAACUUAGAAUUUAUUUAAUUAGCUCUAAGGAUGUGUCAGCCGUGUCGUCGUAUUUAAAAAGGAGUUUUGUGAUCGAAGUUGGAAAGGGAGAGGGCACUUUGUAUUUUCCAACUAAAAAGCUAUGAAUUACAUUAAUAAUGUGCAACCUCCAAUCGUAUGGAUUGUGGGAGGCUGCAGUUAAAUCAGUAAAAUAUCAUUUGUUUCAUAAUUUUGAAUUCCGAAAUUGAAAUGAACUAAAUGUACAGACAGUAUUUGGCUUUCUUAACGGGCAGCGAUAUUUUUUUGAUAUUAUUAAUUGCAUUAUGAUAUUAUGUACGUAGUCGAAUUAUACACUUAUACGUUUCAGAAAUGGCAAUAUAAUAGUGUUGUGAUUACUCCGUCAGUUUUAAAAAAAAUUAGUCAAAUGUUAAGUUGGUGCAACUCUGGUCAGUGAUUAUUUAGCUUCUUAUUAUAUAUUUUUUUUUUAUUACUAUUUUUUUAAUAUGAUACCGAGAUAUUUAAAUAGUAAAGGAAUACAUUACGAAAGUUAUACUUUGUACACCGCUUGGAUAGUUGAGCUGUUGCUUUUUUUUUUUAAUAUUACAUAGUAUAUUUUUGUGAACUUUAUAUUUAAAAUGCUUUUUUGUUAAAGAACUAAAUUAUUUCUGUCUAGUCUCGGCUGUGCCAUUCACUUGGUACAGUUUUAGUAUUUACAAAAAAAAAAAUUCGUUUAUUAUUUAUAAUUCAAUUGCAUUUUACAAGGCAGUAGAACCGCGAGUCAUCCGUUGGUAUAUCGUGCGGACAGUAUUAGUUGCGACGACCUCGGCAGUGUUAAGACGAAUGUUUCGCGCAAAUUAGGCCCCGGGUUCGAUGUCACUUACACCGAUUUAGGAAAUUUGAGUAUUGUGUCUCUGAUGUUCAUUAUGCGUUUUCUUUAACGAUUCUAUCGAUAGAUACGUUAUCGCUACUUCAUACAUGAGGUAGAGUUAAAUAACAUCUCCCUAGACAAGGAAAGGAUUAUCGAUAGAAUUGUUUCGGUCAGCGCUCACAUUACAAAGAACUAUUCACUAGAUGUCGCUAUUUGAUAUAUUCACAAGCUAUAACGAUUCUAUCGAUAGAAUCGGUGGUUACUUGUGUAGAGGGCGACAGCCGCCUUUUAUCACCGCAUCGCUCGCCAUCGACAGGGAAUUCAUCCUCACGCGCCUUAACCUAAAUGGAUACGUACAGUGCAGUUCUAAAGAAAUUUUCUUCCGCGAACUCUCAGACUGUAGAAUGAGCUCCCUGCCGAGGUUUUCUCUAGAGACAACAGUAUGGGGUUUUUCAAAAAGGGUAUAUUAAGGUUUCUUCAGGGUCGACAACGCGCACGUGACUCCCCUAGUGUCGCAGGCGUCCACAGGCUACAGUGACCGUUUACCAUCAGACGGGCUGUAGGCUUCUUUGCCACCUUUAUGGUAUAAAAAAGGUCUAUUGAUAAAUUCGUUUGCCGUUUAUUCAGUGAGUUAGGUGGCCAUAAGAGUAACCAUAUCUCUUUAAAUCGAUUCCGAUCGAUCGAUAUGACAAUUAUGAACGUCUUGCACCGUGCGUUUUUCAAGGCACUUUCUCCCACGCACAACCACUCUUUGGAAUCAACUUCCAGCAGCAGUAUUUCCGAACCGAUACGACAACAUAAUCUUCAAGAAAAGAGUAUAUUCCUUUUUAAAAGGGCGGCAGCACACCUGCAAAGCCGUUUGUGCUGUGGGUGAUCAUGGUCGGCUGUAGUCACUUACCAUCAGGUGAGCCGCAUGCACGUUUGCCCCCUGUGUAGUAAAAAAAAAUACGGUUCGCACUCAAGAAUUGGAACACUAGCGAUAUAUUGGUUUCUAUAUAGCGUAAUCUUUGAGGGGUAAUAUUGUAAUUCAUUUAUCUACCACUCUUGACGCUAUUUUAACGGAUACAUGUGAGUGUAACUUGUUAAUUUAAAACCAAUACCUAACUGUUACGUUUCAAGAGUGCACUAUGAGACCUAAGAACAAGGAUUACAUAGAAGGAAUGAUAAAUUAAAAUUUUGAAUAAUAUGGUUGUCUCCUUUAUUCUUAUACAAAUAUAAUUAGUAAAAAGAGGACGAAAGAUACACCAUCAGUUGCUAUUUUUCUCAAUUCAUAGCAGACUAGUGUGUAGAAAAUGUUUGAUAUGUCAAUUAUUUGUCAAUGACAAAUUUUACAUUACUAGAUUAUAUAUUGGACACACUUUAUGUAGACAGUAGAUCUGUAUUUGGUAGGGUUAUACGGCCGUAUAACAUUUUCUAUACACUAGCCUGCUAUGAAUUGACAAUUUUAUCACUCCUAUGUAAUACCUUGUUCUUAGUCUGAGACCGUCAUUGGUAUUGAAUUGAAUUUGACAGUGAGAUUAGAUACAAGUGUAUCGCGGAAUAUUGGUAUGCUUGUGUAGAUGUAGUAUGACGUAUUUUGAUAUACAAAAUGUAGUUUAACUAUUUUUUUGUUUUACUCAUCAGGAUGACGCGAAGACUAGGUUCUACUGUGAUUUAUUUAAUUUAUUCGUCACUAACUCAUGUCUACAUUUAUUUUAUUGUAUAAAUUAAUACUGUAGCUACGUGACUAAAAGUUUAGCUUAAAAUAGUGGUAAUGUAACACUUGUAAGAAGAAGUAAUGAGGUAAAUAAUUCCAUUUACAAAAAAAAAAAAGUAGAAGGAUUGUAACUCUAAUGUAAAUGCUACAAGGAUGUGUCAAGUUUUUGAAUUUAGAAUAAGUUCGCACACUUUAUAAUAUCAUAGACAACCACGAUUGCGUUCGUUUACGUCAAAUGUCAAAGUAUUAUGUUGUCUAUGAAUAUGGAAUUAAAUUUUACAAUUUUCAAUAAAUAAAUGAAAUUGACAUGUAAUGAAAUUAUGCUAAAAGUAUUGUAUAUACAUAAUUGAGGCUUUUGACUCUUAAAUUGUUUUGAUGUAAAUAAAAAAAUGAAUUAUUUAAACGUGAUCUGUGCGAGAUAUGAAAAUCGAUUUUAUUGACUAAAGCAGAGGGUACGAUAUUCUUUGAUCCUAAAUUUUUUAAUUGCACUCAAGUAACAACAAGCGAUGAAAUUACUUCAUGCACAUCUGUUCGUCUCCUUGGGCGUAUUUUGGUUACAUUCCCAUUAGGAAGUUAAAAAUGUUAGUUUCAUUGUUGAUAUGUCAUUGUUGAGUUGUAUUAAAGUGGUAAAACGCUUA